GUCAUUCAUCGUUUCGUUUAACAGUUGUUCCGAGAGGCAGCGCAGAAGCAAAGACGGAAAUCUAAAGCGAGCCAUUGGAAUCAAAACAUCCUGCACGUUUUUGAAGGCAUUGCCGAAGUUGGUCGCAGUUGCAAAACGCAGCGUCCUCGUCCGCGAGUGAAGUCAGAGUUGCCAAGCGCGAGUCGAGUCUAGCUGGGCACCAUUGCUUGCAAAUUGGAUCGCCGACGCCAACCGAAACGCCAGUCGCGCAGUACUUUCGAAUCGCAGCCAUUUGCUACGUUGCUGAAGUUGGACCGCAAACGGAACAGCCGCACCAGCAGUGCCAUGCACUCGAUUAGCGAGGUGAGCACCAACGUGCCGGCCUUCCUGGCCAAGCUGUGGAAACUGGUCGAGGACACCGACUUUGACGAACUCAUUUGCUGGAGUGAGGCUGGGGACAGCUUCAUCAUCCACAACCAAGCGCAAUUCUGCAGGGAGUUGCUGCCCCUAUACUACAAACACAACAACAUGGCCAGUUUCGUCAGGCAGUUGAAUAUGUAUGGAUUUCACAAAAAAGUGAACGUUGAGGCCGGCGGCCUGAAAGUGGAUCGCGAUGAGAUGGAGUUCGCCCACCCCUUCUUCGUCCGCCAGCAACCACAAUUGUUGGAGCGGAUCAAAAGGAAGAUCGCUGAGCCUGGUCGCGGAAGCUCCAGGAGUUGCCCCGAGGCUCUAAACAAGGUGCUGGGAGACGUGAAGCAGGUCAAAGGCCGCCAAGAAUCACUGGACGGCAAGUUGGGUGCAAUGAAGAGGGAAAAUGAAGCUCUGUGGAGGGAAUUGGCGGUCCUCAGGCAGAAGCACUUGAAACAGCAGCAGAUUGUCAACAAACUGAUCCAGUUCUUGCUGACGGUGGUGCAGUCGCCCAAUAGAUUGAAUGUGAAGCGCCGAGUACCACCCCUGAUGCUGAACGACAAAGACCACCACCACCACCAUCAUCACCACAAACACCACAAGCACAGCCAUGGCGAGGGCUCUCCUUCGACAUCUACCUCAGACUCGCACAUCUCCAUCAGUGCCCCCGUCUCACCUGCCUUCAUGGAGGACACGGUGAAGUCGAAUGACGGAAAGGGAGGUCCUACCAUUCAUGAACUGGACCCAAGUCAGGAGUAUAUUGUUCCUGAUACGAGAGACCUUGAUGAAGAAGAUGAGGAGGAGGAAGAAGAACUUGGUGCUCCCUCUCCAGCUGAACCCCCAAGUCCCUCGGAGCUCGGUUUGUCUUUCGAGAGCGCCCAAACUUUGAACCCACCAGACUUGCUCCUUGAGGACAGUAGUGCUUCCUCCCAUGCCGCACCACAACAGGAGAGCAAGGAGGAAUUGAAAAAAAGGAUAUCGGACUUGGCCAUUCCCAGCAACGGCGGCAACGUAAUGUUCAACACAUCGGACGAGUCUCAGGCGUCAAUCACCAGGUGGGGGGAUCACCCCCUGGGGGAGGAGCUUGACAAUCAUGUCGACCAAGUGCAGAAUGACCUCGAAGGUCUCAAAGAGCUUCUGCAGGGAGACAACUACAGUCUUGACGCUAACACCCUGCUUUCGCUAUUUGCUGAUGACCCUCUCUCCUUGAACAUGGGCUUGCCUGCCCAGGAUAAGGACAUGGGCAACGAGAUGAUUGCCUACAACCCCACUCUCUUUGACUUGGCUGAUGAAAACAAUGAUUCGUCUGCUGUUGAGAACUCGGCUCUGUUCGACUCGGACUUGUCCGGUGCAACACUUGAAAGUCUAGUGGAGUCCGAAUUGCAGACUCCUAACCCCAUUUCGGGUCAGCCAGACUUUUCGCAGCCACCUUCCAAAAGGAGGAGGCAAUAGACAACCAACCUCCUGCACAUCGAAGACUGAUUGAGGUUGGUUGAUGCCUCAUCUGCACGCAAGUGUGAAUCUCCGACGCUGAUGCACAUACUUGCAUCUUGGACUACAAGGCUCUGUUGAGAAGGAGCCCCCAAACUUGGCUUUGGUUGUUUUCUCGUACUUGUGCAGGAAAUCCUGCGUCACUUUUGAGUUUGCUCUCCACUAAGUUAACUUACUUUCAUCUUUUAUAUUAAGAUGCCGAUAACAGUCGUUGCAGUUAAACAGCAAUUCACACUCACAAGCGAGUUCUUCAUUUCUUUUAUUUUUCUACUUCACUUCAUCAUUUUAAAAACCAUAACUGAUUAAAAAUAAGAUUUUUGUUGCUCUAAGCGCCCAGUAAAUGAUGGGUAAAUGUUUUCUUUCGAAGCAGACUAUUCACGAGUAUCACUAAAUGAAGUCUCGUAUCUGGUGAAACAAAGUUUGAAGUCGAUAUUCAGCACAUUAUUUAUGUAGUGUGUGUGCUUAAUGAAAAUGGAACUGCAAUUAAAAUGACUGAAUGAUUUGGCCUGAACCAUUGGUAUUGGUACCCUAAGCUUAAAUCAACUAGUUGUAAUGAACACGUUAAAGAUGUAAUCAAUAGUAUAUAAUUACAAAAAAUGAAAAAGCAAAUAAAAAAAUAACAAAAAAAAUAAAACUAAAAUACUUUUUAUCUUUCUCAAAAUGAAAAGUAUAAUU